UCUCGAUAUUAACAGGCAUAAACUGUCCCCGGGCACAUUACUAAGUAUACUUUUGGGAUAUUGACAUAUGUUGCCGAUAGUCGUUUGGCUUUAUUUUGUUGGGUCAUGUAAACAGAAAAUCCACAUCUGCAUCCCGGUUCCCUCCUUUCACUCGUCCCUUCACCGCACAUGUAUUCCUAUGUGGAGCUCCAGCGCGGACAGUGUGGCUCCAGCCGAAGGCGGCCGAAUGACUACUCUUCCCCAAAACUUACUGAAGUCCUUCUAAACUGUGGAUCUCUUGUUCUUUUUUUCUUUUCGGAAAAACUCCUUUUGGAUUAACCACUUCAAAGGGGAAUAACUUGGUUUGUCAUUAAAAGUGGCUGACUACAGCUCGGGUCCCCAUGCCCUGUCUUGUGAGCACUGCUUGGCCCGCUGAGCCCAUAGGUGCGUCUAUACCGGGCUACAGCUGAAGCAGGUCUGGUCGGUGGUGGAGGUGGGUCCUCGGAGGGCCCGAUAGCAGGCGAAGAAGCCUGUCCCGUCUCAGCCACACGAAGAUGAACAAACUGAACUUCCAUAACAACAAAACCAUGCAGGACCGCCGCUGUGUCUGUGUCUUUUUGCCCAAUGAUGACACACUGAAUGUCAUAGUUAAUGUGAAAAGUUUGUGCCAGGAACUAUUGGUCCAGGUGUGUGACCUCCUCAGGCUGAAGGACUGUCAUCUGUUUGGGCUCAGUGUUAUUCAGAAUAAUGAGCACAUCUAUAUGGAGCUGGAUCAGAAAUUGUCCAAGUACUGUCCCAAAGAAUGGAAGAGAGAAGCAAGCAAGGGCAUUGAUCAGUUUGGGCCUCCAAUGAUCAUUCACUUCAGAGCUCAGUAUUAUGUUGAGAAUGGACGAUUGAUCAGCGAUCGGGUGGCCAGGUACUACUACUACUGGCACCUUAGGAAACAGGUGCUUCUCUCUCAGUGUAUCCAAAGGGAGGAGGCCUACUUCCUCUUGGCAGCCUUCGCCCUGCAGGCUGACCUCGGCAAUUUCAAACGCAACAAGCACUUUGGGAAAUACUUUGAACCUGAAGCGUACUUCCCCCCAUGGGUGAUAGCCAAGCGAGGCCGUGAGUACAUUCUGAGGCAUAUCCCAAACAUGCACAAAGACCAGUUCGCUCUCACGGCUUCAGAGGCACACCUCAAGUAUAUCAAGGAGUGCGCCCAGCUUGAUGAUGUCACAGUCCACUACUACAGACUCUACAAGGACAAGAAAGAAGUCGAAGCAUCUCUUACAUUGGGCCUGACUUUACGUGGUAUUCAAAUAUUCCAGAAUGUUGGGUCUGUGAGGCAGCUGUUGUACGACUUCCCUUGGACCAAUGUGGGAAAACUGGUAUUUGUGGGGAAGAAGUUUGAAAUCCUUCCUGACGGUCUUCCCUCGGCUCGUAAACUUAUCUACUACACAGGAUGUCCUAUGCGGUCUCGCCACCUCCUGCAACUGCUCAGCAACAGCCACCGGCUCUACAUGAACCUGCAGCCGGUUCUCAAACAAGUCCGUCGACUGGAGGAGAACGAAGAGAAGAAGCAGUACCGGGAGUCAUACAUCAGCGAUGCUCUUGAACUAGACAUCUCGCAUACCUCCGGCAUUGAGGCGGACAGCUUCAGGGCCCCCAGCCAGGCCCCGCACAGACCCCUGCGCACCUGCAGCUCGUCCACAACCAGUCACGGGAGCUCGCACACCUCUGGCAUCGAGAGCAGCGGCAAGGAACGCAACCUAGAUGAUGAAGAGAUUGAGAUGCUGGUGGAUGACCCCAAAGACUAUGAGGAGCUUCAUGAGAUGGCCCUGGAUCAGGAGAUGUGCAUCCACAUUACUGAGGACAUGCUGACGAUGUCACCUGAUCAGACCAACGGAUAUUCAGGAUUGAUUGUAAAAGAUGUUAGCUCCUCCACAUCCAGCUCCUCUGAGACUGUCGUCAAAAUGAGAGGACAGAGCAUCGAGUCUUUGCCACAGACGUCUGCCUGCAGGAAGCCUCAGUCUUCGACUGACCGCCACAGCCAAUCACUAGACGACAUCCGCCUCUAUCAGAAGGACUGCCUGCAGUGGGCGGAGCUCUGCCAGGACACCGCCCACAGCUACACAUUUGGUUGCGCUCAAGAGCUAAGCGACAGCAGCGGCGGUGGCGGCUAUCAAGGCCUGGCCGAUCAACGUGUCGGCAUGCUUGGUGAGCAGCACCCGUUUCCCAUCAAGAGAACCAACAAGUACUUCUCUCUGGACCUGACCAGCGAUGAGGUUCCCGAGUUUGUCGUGUGACAGAAGCACAAAGUAGGCGACCUCAGGGUGCCCUUUUCGCUCCUCCACGUCAGACGUGGAGAUGUUUCAGGCCUCAGGGAACGAGAUGAGAGGAGCGCUGCAGAGCUGGUUUCUAUUCUUGGCAGCAAAUAGUAGCGAUGAGUAAACUGGCAACAAGUUAGCUGCCCCUUUUAAGCACCACUCGAGAUGUUUCACAUAACACAUAAUAAAUCAAUAGACAUGGUCUGUCUGAAAAUCAGACUUUAAGAACAAACACUGGGCUCAAAAGAACUAAAAAAACUGCACCCCAAGGUCAAAAGAAACAAAAGGGAUUGUGUCAUCUUUAAAAAAAAAAAAGAAGAUUUUAUUUAAUUCAGUCUCCUCCAAACUGAUCCGCUUCUUUACAAAGUCAUCAAAAGACUUGUGCAUGUAGGUUUACAGCAGACAGAUUAAUGCACCUGACAAGCUUUUCAAAGAUCUUCUGUGGAGGACACAAAGGACAGAAAUCACGCUGAGCUACAAACCAAAGACGAGAUGGAAAUAAACUGAAACUACAUCUGUCUCUGCAUCCAGUGUGGCAGAACAUUACAUGUCAGUCAUGCAGGGAGGGAACAUGGACCUACAAUCCUCUGUGUGAGAGCGGCCAUGCCUCCGUCCUCCUCUCUUCUUCUGCUCCACCACUUCAUUUUACCUCAACUGGAAGUGGAGUGUGCCAACCCCCCUCACCCUCCCAGACUGGACUUUUUCAUAAUUUGAACAUAAACCCGACGUGCCUUUAUCACACUAUGCAGGUGUCAGUCUCACGCCUCGACAAUCACACAUCUUCACCCUUAGAUCCAAGCCAUCAGAACUCAAGCUCUGCUUUAUUUUUUUAAACAUUGCGUGCACACACACACAUAAACACAGAGGUCAAGCUAGUUUUUCAGCAAUUAAAUGUUAAAAAUAUCCGGAUUUCACAAUGUUUUGUGUCCUGUCAAAUUCAGCCGAGCUUCCCAGGAGGAAUGAGGUCGGGUGAGUUCCUACGUGUUCUGACUCGCUCUGAGAUUGCGGCCACAAAAGUUUCCCUGUAAUCUAGCCUGAAAAUGGAGCCGGGCUGGCUGUCAGCCAAAACAAACCACACUUUGACGCAUACAUAUACAUUCUCCUUUGACUCUUCAAAUCCUUUUGUUUCAGCUUUUGUUUUAAACUGGAAUUUGUUACAUUUUUCUCUUAAAAAUCAAUUUAUAUGUUGUAUUUUUUAUGAACUGUAUAUGUUACACACUUAAUCUGUGUAAGGUUAAAGUCAUUCAGUAUUACAAGCCAGUGUAGGUGACAGUAUUAAGGACAUGUGGCUCUGAACAAGAAAGACAGGUUUUAUUGUCGGUUUGAUUCAAGAGAUGCGACCGUUACUCAAGAUUUCAAUACUCUAGAAGUGGCACUGUUUCCACUGCGGAUUGUAAGGCAGGUGGUUGUGGAGUGACAUCUUUUCAUCAGAAAUGGAGACUAUUUCCCUGAACCGAUGUUUCAAAACUAUUUUAUUGGGUUCAUUUUUCCGUUUUUCUUUGCCCCACUGAAUAGUAUGAUUGAGAGCAGGAGGUCAGUCAGUUAUUGCUUUUGAUCAACAGUUUUCUUUUUUUUUUUUAUCAUGACAUGAGGAGAAAAUGGUGUAAAUGUUCAGUUUUAGAUAUUGAGGAUCAUGAAUUUUUUUAAAAAAACGCUGCUUUAUAAUGUAGGAUCAUUUUGCUAUAAAGCUACAGCUUAGCUUAGCUAAAAGACACAAAGAACAAUUAUCCUGGUAGUCCAUCCACCUGCCAGCUCACAUUCAUUCAACAUGACGGUGUAGGAACUGUUCAUUGCCAUUUUAAAAUUGAAAGUUUUGGGGUUGGCUAAAUCAAACCCCUCAGUUUAACCCCACCUCCUGCCCUCUUUCUUCUUCUUUUUUCUUGUUGCAGUCAGCAAACAAAAGCGAGGUGUUAAUGUGGUGAUACUCCAGCGACUUUUUGUGCCAACCUGUAUGACACGUGCAGUGUAAGAACCGUUAGCUGAGAGUUUAAAACUCAUUUAUCGUGGUUUUAAGUGUCCUGCGCUUACAAACGCUAUUUUCACACAGUCUAUCAGACAGCAUCAAUGAGGAUUUUUAUGCAAUACAUAACAAAUACAUGGAUUUAAUUAAAGCUGUGUAAUUAAAUCAACUUCUAUAUUUCAUACUGUUUGUUCUUUAACUGUUUAUAUAAUUACUCAUUAACUGAAAAUGUCUAUUUUGAUGGACAGCAAUGUUUCUUAUAUUAAAACAGCAUGUGUUAAGGUACAUAGCCAUACAUUCAUAACCCAUGUCCUUAAAGUCUUCCUGAUUUACUUCUUUGGCUCUGCUAUAUGGUCAUACUUACACUUUGUAAGAGUCUGUAUGUCUGUGCCCAUAAUCCUUUCUGUGAAAGGAUCGCCCUGCAGGUAAAAAUGUUUUUUGUCACCUUGUUGUUCAAAAAAAAAAAAAAAAGAAGAAGAAAAAAAAAAGAUUUGUUAUAAUGAAGUCUGGUCCGUGCCUUCUUGGUACUAAUGCCCUCAAUAUCCAAUAAAUAGGUACAUUUAUCUACCAAU